GGCCCCCCACCUUCGGCAUGGCCUCCUGGUGGGAGGGAAGCACGGGCCCUGACCCGCUCCUGGUCCUGCUGGUCAUUGUCCUGUUAGCCCGUUUCAUUCUCUGGUCCUGCCUCGGGACCUACAUAGACUAUAAGUUGGCCCGGCGGUACCCCCAGAAGCCCAAGGAGGACUAGGGCCUCUGCCUGCUGGGGACUCUGAGCGUCACCCUCCCUGCCAGCCCCUCCAGGAGGGCGCUGCCCCAGAGGCGUCCUCUCCUGAGCCGACGGCGUGCGGGGAGGGCCAGGCCACCGACCCCCGGCUCCUACCCGCAGGGCAGAGAUGGACCGUGGCGCCCCACCCACUGGCCCUGAGCUGUCCUGGUCACCAGCCCUUCCCAUGUCGGGACCGAGGGGCCACCACGGCCUGUCUGCCCGUCGGUCAGGGUCUGGGGUCCGCAGCUGGAGGGAGCGAUCGUGGGGGGCGCGGUCCGCUCUGCCUCCACGUCUUUGUAAGUAUGUUUGCGGGAGGAGGAGGGGAUGAGCCACAGGGGCUGGGGUGGGAGCCGAGGGGACAGACGUGGCCACGUCACGAGCCAGCCCUGCCACCCAAUGCUGCCUUGCCCCUCGGCUUCCUCCUGCCCCCCGGAGGGAUAAUAGUAAGUUCAGACGGCUGCCUUGGUUUCCCCAGAGCAGACCCCCAGAGGGUCUCAGGACAGGCUUGACACCUGAGUGCGAGUCCGGCUCUGGUUGGCCGCGGGGAAGGAAAUCUCUGUCUCUAAAAUGGGCGCAAUAAUCCCUCCCUCCUCAGAAGGGAACGAGGAGGGUUGGACGAGGGGCGGGGCGGCAGCCCCCCCAGCCUGCACCCUGCUGGACUCGUGGAGGACAGUGCAGGAGAGAAACCAGGGACCCAGAGAGUGCCUCUCUCCCUCGGUGCUUGGAAGCGUGUGGCUGAGACGCGCCUCAGAAGGCGGGCAGGCGGGAGGGUUGACUCGGGCCCCAGGAGCCGGCGCCUGCCGUCACACCCCGCCUCGGAGCGGCACCCGGUGGCUCUGAGGUUCUCGACCUGGUGGCUCCUUCUGAGCACCCUGCGGAUUUUAGCACACACGAUGGCCGGGCUCCCCAGACGGAGAAGCGGGGGCAGGGACAAGAUGUCCUUGGGAGGCUGGCGCCUGGCUGCACAGGACCGGGGACACCUCCUGUCAGAGCAGAGUCUCAGGGAGCUGGUGUUGCUGCCCGGGCGAGCAGACCCGGCGCCACCCGUCUUGCCUUGCGGCGUCCGGGCAGAGGGACCGCAGGCCCGAGCCCGGGGAGCGGCGGGACCCGAUGAACUCACCGGCACCGAGGAGAUCUUGAUUUGCUCCCGAAGGACCUGCCGUGCUCCAGGCAACCUCAGGGCCCGGGGAGCCGGUUGGCGGGAGCGGGGACCUUCUGGGGGCGGGGCUGACCCACACGAGAGAUUUUGAUGGGGGGGUGUCUGGGGGCGGAUGGCCGAUGAGGCUCUUUUCUUCUGGAUGACGGUCCAGAGAGUCUGCGCGGUGGUGGUGGUGGUGGUGGUGGGAGGGGCUUGGUUGAUUCAUCAGGGGCCGGAGGGCGGCUGUCCUGGGGGGUUGUGGGAGCAACAGAACUCACGCCCCCACCGCGUCCAGAACCUGGCGGUAGGGGUCAGGGGAGGAGGUGUUCUCGUUGCCCUGAAGGAAACCGGCGUUCAGUGCCCUUUUAAAAUCACGCGUGAUUUUACCGGUCUCUUUAAGAAGAACCACGUUGUGUUCUCAGGAUCGGGUAGCAAAGGAGGGCGGGUGGCCAUUCAUUCCGGUUCGCCUGGGCCGGACCCAGGUUUAAAACGGGACGUUCCCCGUCCCGGGAGACCUCUCUACCUCGCGCAUAGCAGGCCCCGCCCCCACCCGAGGGAGGAAAAGUCCCUGCACACAGCGUGUUGACGGGACCAGUUGCAGACUUGCGUGUAAUCUGCGUGCAGCCUGCGUGUGCACACGGGUGCGUGUGAUGGCGCUUCGGCCCGUACUUGAGGUGCGCCGUUUGGUCCAGUGAGCCAGGAUGCUGGGGCUCUCACCGCCGCCCCUGCUGUUGGGGUGGCCUGGCAGAGGGGACAGAAGCCAGAGGCUCCUGCCAACGUGGGACCGUGCAAGAAAACCAGAUUCUGCCAGGGCUGUUUGAGCCCCUUUGGAGUUACACUGGUCGGUACCUUUCUUCCCCCCGCCGCCGAAGCCAGUGUGCGUUGUGUCUUGAUUCACAACGGAUACGUUCUGCUGGGCGCGGGUCUCUGCAGCGAUGCACCAGGCCGGCCAUCUACAGCCUUAUGACGCCUGCCCGGCUCAGAACAGGCACUCGAGCCGCGGCGUCUGAGUGAAUGACAGGAUGUGCCCUGGCCUGAUAUCAGGCAGCAGCCACACCUAGCUGCAAGUGACAGACGAGUAAACAGUGACUUAAACAAGAGAA